AUGUCUUUAAAGUCUGUGCAUAGUCCUGGAAAUACAUCUUUUAAUGAACAGGAACAGUUUGAAGAUAAUGCUCCACCAAUUGCACCACCUUUGCAACAUCGAGCACAAGAACCAGAAAUUGACAAAAACUAUGAAAGAGUUAGGAAACAAGGGGCAAAGACAUUUGGAGGUACUACAGAUCUUGUAGAAGCUGAAGAAUGGUUGAGAAAUACUGAAAGGGUUUUAGACAUAAUUGAAUGCACUCUUGAGCAAAAGAUAAAGUAUGUUGUAUCGUUGUUUAAGAAGGAUGAUUUGGAUUGGUGGGAAACAGUUCCAGGAAGCGGGAAUAGGCCAUUGACUUUAACGUGGGAUGAUUUCCUUAGAAAAUUUGGUGAGAGGUACAUGCCACCAGUGUAUCGUCAUAAAAAGAAAAUUAAAUUCAUGGAACUGAAGCAGAAUGAGUUAUCAGUGUCUGAUUAUAAACUUCAAUUUGUCAGAUUAUCAAAGUAUGCACCUGAGGAGAUAACUACUGAGGAAAGGAAAAGAAGUAAAUUUGAAAGGGGUUUGAACCUUCAUAUUCGAGGGAAAAAUUGCUGUUAA